CUCAAGAACUUUUUAAUGAUAUGCAAGCUGCAGGCAUAAUUCCAAAUUCUCAAACUUAUGGUAUCUUAUUGGAUGGGUUGUGCAAAAAUGGGCAUAUUUCUAAAGCAUUGUCAUUAUUCCACGUGAUGGAAAGCUGCAGUUUACAUCUUGAUAUUGUUGAGUACAAUAUUCUUAUUGAUGCAUUCUGCAAGGAUAAAAAGCUUGAUACUGCAAGGGCCCUUUUCAAUAACCUUUCUUCCAAGGGAUUACAACCCAAUGUUAAGACAUACACUACGAUGAUACAAGGUUUUUGUGAAGAAGGCCUACUGCAUGAAGCUAAAGAGUUGUUUGUUAAAAUGGAGCAGAAUGGUUGUUUGCCAAAUGAUGCCACUUACAACACUAUUAUCCGAGGAUUUAUUGGACAACAAAAGUUCUAUGAGGCAUUAAUACUGGUUGAGGAAAUGGUUCAAAGGGCUUUUUCAGGAAAUGCAUCCAACUUUCUGUUGAUCGUAGAUAUACUCUCAACUAAAGGACAAGAUCCUGCUCUCCAAGAAUUGAUAAAGAAGUUCAUGCCCAAAGAUAGUCAUGGAAUGCAAGAGAUUGAGUAAAGUGCUUAAACUGUGAAGUGGAAGGAGGCUACUGGAAUGUUAAGAGAAAUGUUGGAUAAUGGUAUUGCUCUGGAUGUUCAUACGUAUUGUGUGUUGCUGGAUGCAUGUACCAAGGAAGGGAAGAUGAAAGAG